GUCAUGCAGCCAACAUACGGCAGCGGCGGUUGCCACAACGGUAACAACGGCAGCGGCGGCAACAUUUGCAAUCAGCAGAUCAACAACUACAGCAAUAACAACGGCGGCAGCAGCAGCGGCAGCGGCAAUCAUAUGAGUGCAGGCAGUUUCUUCGGCAGCAGCAAUGCCAGCAACAGCAAUAGCAAUAGCAACAGCAAUACCGAUUAUAUGGCCACGCCGACUACCGCUUAUGCGACACCAGCGACAGCAGCAACAUCAACAGUGAACACCACGACGAUGCUGUCUAAUUACUGCGAUGCCGCGACCAUGAUGAUGGCCGCUGCUGCAGUCAAUGCAAAUCAAUGCCUGCAGCAACAUCACCAGCGUAUGUUGCUGGCGGGCAGCAGCAGCAGCAACAGCAACAGCAAUGGCACAGCAGCAAUACCCUCCUCGUCGUCGGCUGGAUCGCUGUCAUCUGCCUCAUCGACGCCAACAGCAACUGCAACAGCAGCCGUGGCCCCGCAGCAACAUCAGCAGCAACAGCAACAGCAGCAGCAACAGCAACAAUCGCCGCCAAAUUUAAUCGAUAUCAGUGAAGUUCCUCUCAUUGUGGAUGUCAAGUAGUGUAAUUAUUUAUGCAUCUAGAAAUGGGGCUCUAAAACAACCUUGUAGAUACCCCGCCCCAAAAAACCUAAAAAUCCAAAAACCCAAAAAAAAAUGUUUAAUGAAAAAUGUAAAAAAAAAAAACAAAAGGAAGAGCCGCGUAGCUUAAUUGACUAAUUUUCCAUUUGUAGUUUUUGUUGUAACUUUUUGUACAUAACUCCCAGAAAAAUCCAAAUUUUUCUCUAGGCCGCCCCAGCUGUGAGCAACACAUCUCAGCUGACAUAUCCCAGAGAACUUCAAAAGUUAAAUCCAAAAAAACUGGCGGCAAGUAACGUCAUUAUAUAUGAAUGUGUAUAAUAUUUAAAUGGCACUGAGUUCUACUUAAUUUUUAGACCACAAAAAUUAAAGAUAAAUUGAGGAAAGAAAGAAAUCAACCUUAACCCUUUAAAAAGACAAAACAUAAAGAUAGUUGAAAUAUUUAUAUAUGUAAUGUAGCAUAUACACUUAUAUACAUAUAUGAAUAUAUAAAUGAAACUCUACUCCCAGUGGUUUGCAGAAAUAUACCAAAAAUUUUAAGCUAUGUUUACUUGAUGUGUGGCAAUUUUUUAUGUGUGCUUUAGCAAUUUUAUUUUUACUUUAAGUAAAAUUUAAAAUUAAAUUCGAUUCUCGAAUGGUUUUUCUCUCUCCGUGGUGCAUCUCAAAGAUGCCGCUAGGUGGGAAGCCCAUUUCGUGGAAACAUGAAUGCAAAAUUUAGCGAAUUUUUUAUUUAGUAACCAUUACGAGUAAAAACACAAAACGUUCAGUGCAAGUUUCAGUUCUUAAACGAUUUUUUCGUAAGCAUAAGCAUUACCUUAUUUAUGUGUAUAGAGUAUGAAAAGUUUUAUAUAUUUUGUAAUAAUAAAAAUUUGCGUUUGUAAUGAA